CCUCAGCAUUGCAUACAUACCACAAUACCCUCGACGUCCUUGUCUGGUUGGCUGCCGCCCGAUUGUCGUCCCUGGCCGGGCAUUGUUCAGUCUCUGUUCGCGCGAGUCGGCCCCGAGUCAGGCCUGCUGUCGUUGUUCCUGAGACUUGCCAAGCGGAGCCAUCCCUGCUGCCCGUGUCCCUUUACUACCAGAGCUUCACAAGUUCGCGCGCGUCACACAAGAUAUUAUUCCUCGCCUGCCUCCCUCCCCUUGCCCUUCACCGGCCACGACCUUCACCAUCCAUCGUGGCGUGGCCGGCCCAGCUCCUCUGCCCUGCAACUGCUUCUGCAACUGCCGCUUCCACCAGAGCUCUCCUUUCAUCCAUGA